AGGAAAAUAGACAGCAUUCUAAAGCGCAGCACUAUCGAGAACAGUCGCGGUGCAACAUCUUCCCAAACCUUCUCUGUCUGCUGGUUUUGUAAUAACAAACAUUGUAAAGACAAAGUGGAAUAGCCUACCGACAAGUUAUGGAUGAAAGAAUACCGCGUCUGCAAGACAGACAAUUUACUGAUCAUGAAAAUUUUUUAGGGUUGGAAUACUCCUCACUCUACAUGUGUAAAUCGAAAAGAGGACUGAAGCGCGAAGAUGGCAAGGACGCGUACAAGUUACCACACCGAUUGAUAGAGAAGAAGAGGAGAGACAGAAUCAAUGAAUGUAUCGGACAGCUGAAGGAUUUGUUACCCGAACAUCUCAAAUUGACGACGCUUGGGCAUUUGGAGAAAGCGGUUGUUCUCGAGUUAACUUUGAAGCAUUUAAACGCUUUGACUGCAGUCACUGAGCAGCAACACCAGAAGAUUAUUGCUUUGCAGAAUGGGGAUCGGUCGAUGAAGACGUCCAUUCACGCUGAUUUGGAUGCGUUCCACUCCGGGUUCCAAGCAUGUGCCAAAGAGGUCCUGCAGUACCUCAACAAGUUCGAGAACUGGAAUACGCGCGAGCAGCGGUGCGCACAGCUCAUCAACCACUUGCACAAAGUAUCUGCGCAAUUUCAGCCCAGUGUGCCCCUGCUCCAUUCCCAGCAACCUGCUGGAGACGUGCUGGAGCGGGAUGGCCAGAAAGCGGAAAGCCAAGCAGGACAUGACCGCGUAUCGGUCAUACAGAGGAGCCACGGGGAGCUUAACGAGAAUGACACAGACACAGACAGUGGAUACGGGGGUGAGGCGGAAAAGACCGAUGUGAAUAAAGGAUGUGACCGUAGCAAAGCAGUAAAGAUAAAGCAGGAGUUUGGGGAUGACCACGCAGCCAAAAAAACGAAGAUGAACUGGGCUGGAAACGGUACGACGGGCGCAGACACGACCACCAGACCCGAUCUGGCCUUUAUGAACUCUUUGAUGGGAAUAACUGGCGUGGGACAGCAGACUCCAUUUUGCAUGCCUUUUUACUUCCUCAAUCCCUCUGCAGCAGCAACCUACAUGCCGCUAUUCGACAAAAGUAACCUAGAGAAGUUUGUGUACCCUGCUGCGGCAGCAGCUCUCUCAUCCCCGUUUCCAUGGUUAUACCCCGGCCUUAACUCACACGCUUCGGCAACUGCAGCGGCUGCUGCUGCCGCAGGUGCAUUCUCCACCAUGUCGACAGAGAAGAGCUCUGGAUUCGGUUCCAACUCCAAGCACUCUCUCUCUGACGACAGUGACAUGUCAAACGUGGAGCCGGGCUCACCUGAGGAGAGGGAGGACAACCCUGAAAAUGAUGAUGAUUAUGAUGAUGAUGAUGAUGAUGAUGGUAUUAGGGAACGUCUCCCCAGACAAUGAAAAUGACUGUACAUAAUGAAGAUAACAUUAGAUUUUAUUUCUUGUAAACACGGUCUAAUUUACCUGUGUAGCCUAUAUCCUAAUUGGAUCUAUAUUCUGCAUAUUAUUUUGUUUAGGAUUUUCUGAUAGCUGUCUGUUUUUACCAUAUUUUCAAUAAUUUUAAUUGAUAGUAGGAGUUUCGAGACAAGUUUCACAGUUGAAUUUCUCCUGUAUUUUGGCCAGGCAGGGGGAAGUUGUGACAGUCUGUGCCUUUUGCACUUAAUGCAAGAGUAAUCUGAAUGAUAAUCGACAAUGAUUGACACUAACAACAUGCACACGUCUGUUAUUACUACAGUCCUAGGGUAUAUUGAGCUGGAGUUAGUUUUUCCAUUGACACAACCUUUAAAACUGGCAAUAUCAGUGCCAAAGCAUCAAGAUAAACAAUCUGCUUCUAUGCGCAGUAUUAUCCUCAGAUCCCCAAUCAGAUACUUGUCACAUUGGAUGUAUGGAGUUACAAAUGACCUCCACCAAGGUUAGAAUCAACAUUGCUGACUCUGACUACAGUAUGACUAACGGUGAUAGGUGUGUUUUGAUCCAUUUCCUUGUACAUAUGCACUAAAUUGAC